GGGCGGGCGGGCUCAGCGCGCCCCCAUGGCCCUGGUGCUGGGUCAGCGGGCACAGUAGCCGCCUCCGGCUAUUCCCGCGGGUGACUUAGAGCUGCCCAGGGAAGGCAGGCUGGAGAUGCGCCUCGCCUCCGGGCUUCGGGCUGCGGCCGGAGACUGAGCCACAAAGAAGUUUCCCUGGCGGCGGUGGCGAGGCGCUCCUCCAUGCACCCCUCCGGCCGCCGAUCCUGGAGCGUUGCUCGGCAGGCGGCCGGCGCCGACCCUGCCAUGGAGCCCCGCGCGGGGCUGCACAGCAGCCCGGAGCUCAGCCGGGCCAAGCGGCUGAGCGUGGGGGAGCUCCGCUCCCUCUUCGAGGCUCGCUGCGCCGCUGUCGCUGCCGCCGCCGCCCGCCAGCUCCCCGACCCGGCGAAGAGGGGCUGCCGACGCCCCAACGGGGUGCUGCCGCCCGUCAUCCCCCGGCUCACCGUCACCGCCGAGGAGAGCGAGGAGACGCAGGGCAGCCCCCAGGCGCGGCCGCCGCAGCCGGAGGGCGGCUGGCUGAGGACGGGCAGCUCGCUGCACCUGCAGUCCCGCAGACUGUCCAACUCCUCACUCUCCUCCACCGGCUCCUCGUCCCUCCUGGAGGACUCGGAGGACGACGUGCUGAGCGACACGGAGUGCAGGAGCCAGGGUAUCGUGCACUUGGAGCACAGCGAGGACACCAGCCAGUCUCCUGUGUCAGAUGUUCAAAAUAAAAUUUUUCCAAGCACUUACCAGCAGAAAAAGGCAUGGCAUACAAUUAAAACCAUGGUUAACUUACCAGUCAUCAGCCCCUUCAAGAAACGCUACUCAUGGGUGCAGCUGGCUGGGCAUACAGGGAGUUUUAAGGCAGCUGAUAGUGGGAAGAUUCUCAAACGCUUCUCAGAGAAUGAAAAGGAGUGUUUUGAACGAUUGAUGAAAGACCCCCUACGCUCCUGUGUCCCUUGCUUCCAUGGUGUGGUGGAGAGAGAUGGCGAGAGCUACAUUCAGCUGGAUGACUUGCUUACUGAUUUUGAAGGGCCAAGCGUGAUGGACUGCAAGAUGGGGAUCAGAACGUACUUGGAGGAAGAGUUGACUAAGGCACGAGAGAAACCAAAGCUGCGUAAGGACAUGUACAAAAAAAUGAUUGAAGUGGAUCCUCUUGCUCCCACGGCUGAAGAGAAUGCCCAGCAUGCUGUCACCAAACCCCGCUACAUGCAGUGGAGGGAAACCAUCAGCUCUAGCGCCAACCUGGGUUUCAGGAUUGAAGGAAUUAAGAAGGCGGAUGGAACAUGUAACACAAACUUCAAAACUACGAAGACACAGGAGCAAGUUCUACAGGUUUUUGUGGAAUUCAUUGAGGGCAACACAACUAUUCUGAAAAAAUACCUCAAGCGUCUGCAGGAAAUUAAUGUCAUUCUUGAAUCCUCAGACUUCUUCAAGCGACAUGAGGUCGUUGGAAGUUCACUACUUUUUGUACAUGAUGGCAGUGGGAAUGCCAAUGUGUGGCUGAUUGAUUUUGGAAAGACUACCCUUCUCCCUGAUGGGCAGACACUGGAUCACAGAAUCCCCUGGCAAGAAGGCAACAGGGAAGAUGGGUACUUGUUGGGGUUGGACAAUUUGAUUGGCAUCUUGGAAAGCAUCACUGAAAGAUGAGUUGAGAAUGGCACAAAACUUGCCGGGCUUCUCUGUAAUUUUCUGCUUAACUGAAGUAGAAGGAAACUCAGUUAGAAGGAAACCUUUAAGUCUAAGCUCCUGAGGUCAUCAGUGCAAAGGAA